GUACUAUUCAGAUUUACUGCUAUUUGAGUCCAUUAUACGCGUAAUAUUAUUAAUUAUAAAAAUUUUUUCCAUUUUCUUAUAUUAUUAUAUGACAGCGUCAUAUGCAGUUGUACGCAGCAUAUCAAUCCCGUUCCAUUUCUACAAUUUCACCGUACAGCGAUAAUGAACUAGUGAAAACGGAAUGCUUGCAUAGUACACUAUAAUGACGUCAUGCUGGCAGUACUGCCAAUGAGUUACGGAACGCAAUAAAUUUAAAUAGGAAACGAAUCGCCAUUUUCAACUCACAGUCCCUAGAAAUCAGAAACGCGCCGCGCAAGACGUGACAACAGAAAACAGCAAGAGCGUGAUAGAAAAAAAUUAUUCAAAUGCUAAAGUAAUAUUUCUCGCAAACAAUCGAAUUGUUGAUGACGGCUGGAUAAUAGAUUUGGCGGUGUCAGUGCACAUCGAAUAAAAAAAUACUUAGUUUAUUGAUGUCACUCGGUGAUAGGAGUGUCCCAGAUGCGCACAUUUUCAAUCGGACACACUCACAUCAACCGAUGUCUAGGAAUUUUCUAGUGAGCCACCUAUCAAAAAAUUUUUUAUUUAAUCGACCAAUCGGCAAUGUGGCGAUUGGACCUCAUCCGUGGACAAUAAAGUUUGUGAGAUAGUCAUACAUGAUGUGUAUUACGAAAAAACCCUGAACUUAGUGUGAAUUUAUUAUUGAUACAUAAAAUAAUCAAAAAAGUCGUAGUUAUGUCGUAAUAUUUAAUGAACAUGCAUGCGACAUAAGGAACGCGGACGGUGAAAUGGUUGCAGUUGCGAAACCGAUGAAUAAUAUUUAUAAACUGGUUCAACGCGGCAUACAGCUGUAAAAGUGAGAAUGAUUCAAUAUGGCACAGAAGAUUCAGUCAUUUGAACAAGACAAAAUAUGGUACUUUUAAGAGACAAGUGCACGAGUGGUCUAAAAUUUAAUGAUCUAGACAAACACUCAUGCGAAGUUUGUGUAAAGGGCAACAUGCAAGACAACCAAUAGCAAGAAUCGAUUGGAGAACAUCAAACAUCUAGCGCUGGUGCACUCAGACAUCUGUGGAUCAAUGGAGGAAGCUCCUAUCAGAGGUUCAAGAUACUUUAUCUUGUUUGUAAACGAUUUUUCACAAAAAUUAAGCAUUUAUUUUUAAAAAACAAAGUAAAACUCUUGACGUAUUCAAGACUUAUAAGGCAUAGAGAAGCAUUCUGGUCACAAAAUUCUAGCAUUACGAUCAGAUAACGAACGCGAGUAUGUAAAUAACGCGUUCGAGCGUUUCCUUCGUGCGGAAGGAAUAUAACUAGCUGAUCAUUCCAUAUACGCCGUAACAAAACGAUUUAGCAGAACGUAACAAUCGCACCGUUGGAAAAAGCAUGUUGUCUGCUUGUAGAUGCAAAUCUUCUAAGAAGUUUUGAGCAGAAGUCAGCUUGACAGCAGUAUAUCUGAUCAACCGCUCACCGAUAAAGGGACUUCAGAACAAAACCGUAUGAGGUUUGGACCGGGAAAAGGCCGGACUUAUCUCAUUUAAACAUUUUUUAUUACAGAGCUUCAGCACACAUUCCCAAGGAGUCUUCAGUGCAAAUGAGAUAAAAAAAUCGAGACUCUGUCUGUUUCUCGGAUAUUUGGAGCAUACAAAAGGAUACCAUCUUUUUGAUGAAAAAAUCAAAAAGAGCUCUACACAAGCAAUUUAAAAAUAGUGAAUGCUCGGCUGAUUUAGUGGAGGACAAUAAUGACAAUUCUGAAGAAACCUCCAUAACGACAGAUCAGGAAAAUAAGGAUGAAACAGACAAUGAGGGCGCUCAGAUAAAGGAAGAUAAUUCGAAUAAUGACUUGGGAAUCCCAGGAAACGAGAGAUUGUCUAUACCGCGCCGUAGUAAUCGUACUUCGAAAUCGAAAAAAUGGUUAGACUACUUAACAUUCAAAGUAUUACUAGAGAUCACAGAAAAGGAACCUUCUAGUCUAGAGGAAGCGAUAAUCGGCUCUCACAGCAAUGGAGCUUGGCUAUGAAGGAGUUGGAAACUCUGACACAGAAUAAAACUUGGGAGAUAUGCUCGUCACCCAAGAAUAAGAAGAUCCUCAAAUCCAAAUGGGUAUACAAAAUUAAACAGAAUCCCCAAGAUGGAUCUCAACGAUUCAAAGCAAGACUAGUAGUACAGAGGCUACGAAUAAAUACGGGGAGUGGAUUAUCAUAAGACUUUCUGCUCGGUAGUGAGAUUCAGCACAUUGAGAUGCUUACUUGCUGUAGCUACCCAAUACAAUUAUGACAUCAAUCAUCUAGACGUCAUAACAGUAUAACUUCCUCAAUGGUAACUUAGCCGAGAACAUACAGGGUGAUUCAAAACAAUUGUUCGUCCUUAAAAUGUCAUAUUCCUGAAUCGAUUCUAAGAUGAUUUUUGCUCUACCAAAUUUUUAUCAGAAGCUUAAUUUUUGAAUUAUAAGGCAAAAAAA